AUGCUUGGGGGCACAUUUUUCAUUAUCUUUGCAAUUUGGUGGGGCUUUGCAUUAGCUGUAAAAUAUUUUCAUUUGCGUCAUCCGGCAAAAAAACCAUCGAAAUAUCAUUCAUCAACGACAUUUUCUUGCUUUUGUUGUCCAACAGCUUAUUUACAACGAAUACCGUUAGAAUCUUAUUUAAAAUUACUUUGUGUUUCAAUUGGUAUUUUGGGUGAAGCUGUAACGGGUCUGAAACAUCCUUAUGAUGAAGUAUUACAAAAAUAUCGAUGGUCAUUUAUUGAAGUGAAUGCUCAACAUAUAACAAUGUUUUUUUCAUUUGGUUUUGCUUCAUUUUUUGAAAUUUUGGUACAUUCAAAACAAUAUGAUUUACCUGCGGGUAUUGAAUAUGUCACAAACAUACUUGCCUAUGCUAUCGAAGGUUUUUUAUUUAAAUUUCAUUUACAUGGCCGAGAUGAAAUUGAUAUUCAUGUUCAUACAUUGUUAGUUUAUUCCAUUAGUAUGUGUGUAUUGGCUAGUAUAUGGGAAUAUUGUAGACCAAAUCAAAUAUUAGCCACUUACACCAGAAUUGCAGCUACUUUUUUACAAGGUACAUGGUUUUAUGAAGCUGGCUUUAUCUUGUAUCCACCGACUGAUUCUCCAAGUUGGAAAUGGACAGCUACUCAUGGUCAAAUAUUAAUCAUAACUGUAACAUUUGUUUGGCAAUUUUUACUUAUUUUGGUAUUUUUACUGUUACAAACUACAAUUGUUUGGUGUGUAUUAAAACGACGUUAUAAAAAUAGUUUGAAUUAUAAUUAUCAACAUUUGAAUAAUGAAGAUGAAGUUAAUAUGAAUUCAAAUAAUAAUAAUCAUGUAUUAAAGAGUUUAAUGUCCGUAAAUAAUAAUGGAAAAACGGUGGUAGAUAUCGGUUCAAUAGUACAAGAAAGUGGUGAUGACAACGAAAGCCAGUUAGAAUUUGAACAGUAUCGAACAGUGCCACAAUCUUGA